GACCGCUUGUCGCUGCUCUCCUCUCUCGCCAACGGCGUGACUCUCGGAGCAAAUCUAUUCCCGAAUCAGAGCGUAGUCCUUCGGACAUCCGCUGAAGCCAUGCGGCAUUUGCUCAUAAAUAUGCAACAUCUGCUGCGCUUGUUGCUGUUCAGCAGCGCGCUGUUCAUAUGCUGCGGAUCCUCCCCAACGGUCACUAUAACCGAGGGCAUCUGGAUCACCGGGCAUUCCUACGUUGUCACCGUUAACGGCGCAGGGGCCAUAGCCGAAGGACAGUAUGUGCUGGACGUUCAUAUGUGGGGUCAAAGCGCCAUGGCUCGGGAUCCACCCAACUACUCGAUCGCGUCGAGCGAAGGCAUGAAUAGCAUCCCGAACGAGAGAGUUGUUGUGAACAUUCCAGGAAACGCAAAGCCAGGCACUUUCUUUGUAGGAACUUGCGUCUUCCGGGGCGGUGCUGUCGAUUGCGACGGCUUUCGGAGCCGAGUCGAAGUGAUCGGUGGCUCUCCUCCGCCCCCUCCCCCUCCUCCACCACCACCACCACCACCACCUCCUCCACCUCCUCCACCUCCUCCUCCUCCUCCUCCUCCUCCUCCUCCUCCUCCUCCUCCUCCUCCUCCUCCUCCUCCUCCUCCUCCUCCUCCACCGCCGCUACCGCCGUCGCCACCGCCCGCUCCUACCACCAGAUCACAGCCUAUCGUUACCAAUGUUCCACCCCCUCCCGAAAUCAUCACCACGAUUCCCGGCGGCCGUCCCAUCCAGACCCAGGGGAUUAUUCCUCCUCAGCCAGCCCCCGCCCCGAUCAAUACGCCUUCUACUCCUGAUGCCUCCUCCAACGACUCCGUCGGCUCGAGUACCAUCAUCACGGCGGCAUCAAUCGGUGGUGGCUGCAUUGUGCUGACUGGUAUAAUCGUGGUAUGCAUCAGAAACCGAAAGAGAACAUCCGCCAUCAAUGAUGCCUAUCGAGAAGCGAAUCGCCAGAGCACCGCCAGCAACCUGAGUAUCCCACGAGACCAUCCCUCUCGACUUCGCGACCUGGAAAAGCACACCGGCGCCUAUCAACAUCCUGACGCUCCUUCCGGGCCCUCACAGCCCCGAUCGCCCUCGCUGCAAGUCGACCAACCGCCCCGCGACUUGGCUAUACAACCGAAAGCCAUAGAUUUCCCUCCUCCGUACUCAGCCACAUCCUCGCCCAUAAUCGUCCCGAACGGACCAAACCGCUCGUCGGUCCUCAGCGCAGCAUCUGGCUCGGUGGCACGCCCGGCCUCAUACAUCUCUGUUCCCAAGCUUGAUUUUCGUGAAGUAACCACAACUCGGGCCGCUGUCGAGCCUGAGGAGAUCGAUAUCACAAUCCACCAGCGAGUGGUGGUCUUGCAGGAGAUGCCCGACGGCUGGGCCCUGGUCGAGAGCGAUAAGAGCGAGCGUGGCUAUGUCCCACUGGAUCAUUUGAGAAAGCUCUGAAGCGAUACACACGACCUUUGAGGACAAAGAAUCGAUGCAAGCUGCAGUGCACAUAUUCGCUGUGAUGCGUGUUGGUGUCCCGAAGCGGUGCCCCGAAGCAGCACUGACUGAUAUUAUCAGGUUUACUCCCUCCUCCCCCGCUCCCCGCGAUCCUAAAAUCUGUCAAACAAUACUCUAUGAAUAUGAUACUUCCAAUGAAUCUUGAAUCCGCUCUUGAGGCGCUUUCCUCUUUUACUUGUUUGUGGGGGGUCGUUGUACAGUCGGUCCAGAAAGAAACGGGACAGUUCCUUUCUGGCUUCAGAUGUCUGAACCCCGCUGACUGACUGUAGGCCCAGCGGGCAGGCCAUGGCAUUGCAC